UUGAUAUACUGCUGUCAUGUUUGCUCUAUAAGAGUAAAAGAUGCACCAAACUUACGUCGCCAUUUACUUCAAGUGCACCAACUGCAUUUACCAGCAAUACCUCGCAGAGAAAGACGUUUCGAUACAAGAGAAUACACUUUCGUCAAAUUCACAGGGCUUUCAACACAUGAAAACAUGAAGCAGCGCUUUGCAUGUCUGUCCUGUCUCGACCAUUUUGGUGAAAAUGGUAACUAUCUUCAACAUAUAGACACAAACCACUUGCCUCUGGAAUCAUCGGCAGCAUAGGCAAAUGAUGGAUCAAAUUCAGUAGCGGAUUCAUCAGUAGCAAACAACACCAACUCUUCUAGAAAACAACUGUUUUCAUCGACUGUUGUACCCAACACUCCCAAGAUUCCCGAACACAUGGUCAACGAACUUAAACCAGUUGUAGACAUUCAACGUGAAAGUUUACCGGAAUCUCUAUUGGAGAAUCUCAAAAAGUUUCAAUAUUGGGUGUGUCAAAUUGUUCUGGUAUUUCAGACAUUUGCCGAUCAGACUGGCUUGCUUAUGUUUGACUGGUGCGAGUGUGAAGUGAGGCACCACGCACUGGUAGACGUAGAUCCGGAAUAUUGUCAAAUAGGAACACCAUGGUUUGCCAAUGUUAUGGAAGGCUCCGUGGGACAACACAAGGAAAAAUUACUGAAGACGAUUGAUGAUAGCGUCAAACAGGUUCAUAACAUGCUCACCAUGGUCAAGGGGAUUGCUAAUACCCAUUUGAACUCAAGUUUGCAAACGUUUUCACAAACGAGGGUAUACAGAAAAUUCGUCCACAGGCAAGCUUUGACAGCAACAAUCCCAACUCAUCACGAAGAACGAAACAAAUGGCUUGGCGUCUUCAAUAUGGUUGCGUAUUUGUUGAUUGCUCUGGAAACACAGGUUGACAAUUUGGCCAUAUUGGAUGACGAACAGGAAGGAAAAAUCAACAUGGAAACAGAAGAAACAGUUCGGGUUAAGCUCUGCCCUGUUAACCCUGUUAUGCAAUAAUGAUACUUGAUAAGAGGAAUAAAAAAGAUAUAUUGGUUUGCCUGAAGAUAUCAUAAG